GGGGAACCGGCAGCGAGCCCAGUCCGGAGGUAUCUCCGUGAGAGGAACCGAAGCGUGACUUGCAAAAUGUGGAAUAUAUCAAGAUUCUUUUAAAUGAGAAUGUUUUUAAUGUAAACUCUUUGUAUACUUUCAAACCGAAUCAGCAAGAAAGGAGACCUAACGAGAGGAAAGACAGCAGCCCUUAGUUACGGGAACUAACAAGCUUUAGGGAUAUAGUAAAUCAAAAUGUUGAUGUAUGUGUAUGUAUACAUUGAUAAUUUGGCAAAGGACUCAAGGUCUGUAUAUCCUGCAGCUGAACUAUCUUCAUUAUAAUACUUAAGAUCAUGUCUAAGGGUUGAAAAGGCCCUGCUUGGGUGCAGACCCUUCCCCAUUGCAUGUGGAGAAGUUAGCUGGGGAUUGGCUAAUUUGUAUGGAAAUUACUAAAUAAUCUUAAUAGAGGGGUUGACCUUGGAAAAACACCAACUCUGAACUGCUGUAAAUAAUAGCAUGGAAAGCCCAGUGGGGUGUGUUGGGAUUUGUGGAAACCUAACAAGCAUCCAGGCUUGUGCAAAUAAUAUUUCUCUCAAGUGUGUUAUUGGCUUGUUGCACACCACAUAGUAAAUCUGCUUUUGAAGACAACAGGACUGAUUAGCCUUGAGAACACCCAGAGGUCCAGGCAGACCUGGACCUACACCAGGAGAAACCAGCCGCAUCCCUCCCCACGCUUCUUGUUGCACCCCGAACAGAACCAUUCCAGAUAGCUUUUCCUAUGUGAAGAUGCCCUGAGGAGCAAGCCUGCCCAAGGAACAGGUUUUCCACCAGCCAGAGGGAACCAGUGACCCAGAAAUAGAGACUUUACAGAUUAAUGAAAAAGCAGCCUGCUACAUACGGUGCAGCUAGUGCCUCCUUCUUUUUUCUCUGUUUUUCAUCUUUUAUACAGCCUGUAGCAUCACAUUUCUGUUCACAUGUAUGAACUGUACACUCACACAUCUUUUCAGUGUAAAGGCCAUAUAUGUAUCAGUAUGGAUGGAUGUCAUGCUAAUAACCAUUUAUUAGCAGUAGGAUACAUCAGCAGAUGAUGCUGAAGAAAGGGAGCAAGCAGACUUUAUGGGUACUACCUCCAGUAUAAACUACCAUCAGCAUUACUGUUUUAUAACAAUGUUCAUUAAGGGAAAAUACUGGCACAGGCUGGCCAGGACAGUGAUGAAGUCACCAUCCCUGGAAGUGUUCAGAAAACAUGUGUAUGUGGCACUUGGGGACAUGGCAUAGUGGUGACCUUGUCACUGCUGCAUUAAUGGUUGCACUCCACGAUCUAAAAGGGCUUUUCCCUAUUUUUUACAAUUCUGACCCUUUAUUAUGAAAAGUGAAAAGGAAAGGAGGAGGGGCUACCAAAUUUCCCUCGUUUGGUGUUAAAUUUUAAAGAAGGAAAACACUACUAACACUUUUCAGUAAAUUCGCCACAUCAGGUGAAAGCAUGAAAAAGCAGGAUCCACUGGGUCCACCUGAAGCUGAAGGGCACUAACAAGCAGCUAUUAUUUAUUUGGCUAAAUCCUGUAACCCGAGACUUUGUGAUGCACACAAGAGAUGGGUGAAUGCUGCUGGAUAAGAGCCGCAAGCAGCCAGACUAAAGAUUUGAUGAAAUGCUCCUGUUCUGAUACUUUGCAGCCUGUAGAAGUUGGUUACCUGAUCCUCUGCUGUACCUGAGCCUCAUUGUUGCAGCUUUUAAUAACUGAAUAUCCAGACGACCUAUAAAGGUGCCUUUGAGGAAAGAACUGACAAGAGUCAGUUUUCCCAGCUCAAAAUGGGCAACAAGCAAACCAUUUUCACUCAAGAGCAACUGGAUGCAUAUCAGGACUGCACAUUUUUCACAAGGAAAGAAAUUCUGAGGCUGUUUUACAGGUACCGAGAUCUGGCCCCACAGCUUGUUCCCCUUGACUACUCCGACAAACCAGCCGUGACACUCCCCUACGAGCUCAUCGGCAGCAUGCCAGAGCUCAAGGACAACCCAUUCCGCCAGCGGAUAGCAGAAGUGUUCUCAGAGCAUGGAGACGGCAAUAUGACUUUAGAUGAUUUUUUGGACAUGUUUUCUGUGUUAAGUGAAAUGGCUCCCAGAGACUUGAAAGCUUAUUACGCUUUUAAAAUUUAUGACUUCAACAAUGAUGAUUACAUAUGCAAAUCAGAUCUGGAGAAAACUGUCAACAAAUUAACCCGAAAUGAACUGACCCCAGAAGAAGUCAGCCUUGUGUGUGAAAAGGUGAUUUACGAGGCCGAUGUGGACAACGAUGGCAAGCUGUCCUUGGCAGACUUUCAGCAUAUGAUCAUACGAGCUCCAGAUUUCCUCAGCACCUUUCAUAUUCGAAUCUGAAUCUAGUUGACCAUGGGGACGGGAACUCUUCUGGGACUUCCAACAACUCUUACUUCACCUGAGAUUACCAACCAUGAAAGCACAAGAUGAGAGGGCCAAAGUGGACAAUUUCUGGUACUUGAACCAGCCAGAGAAGUGUCUUUCAUUUAUGUCCUUAAUGAAUUGUCCCUUUUAAGCUCUUCAUCAGGAUUUCCCUGUAAUUUAGCAAAAUGUCCAUUCCCUAUCAUCAGGUAGAGCAAACCUGGCCUGGGCAGCCAGAAGGGGAGUAUUUUUUUUAAAGUUCACACACCACCAGGUAGUAAAGGAACUUGUAUCAAGCUAUAACCUCUAAAAAUUCACCUAAAAACACCUUAACCAGCAAAAAAAUCCGUUUAGUUUCAAAAACGUAAGUAACUCCUAUGGUUAUUUAUGGUCUUAAUAACUGGUCCAGUGAAUCAAUUCCUUAAGUAUUCUCCCACAGUGCAGGAUUAACAAUGAAAAAGUCAGCAUAGUUUAGAGACAAGAGUCUACCCCAGGUCCUGUCCCUCUUUUUCAUUUUCAGAAAUCCCUAUUUUCCACACCCACCAGGGUGCCUAUAUACUAAUAAUGAAAAGGACUGAAAACUUAAGUUUGCAAAAUUCUCUUUUCAAAAGAAGUUUAUUUAUGCAGUGUUCAGGGUCCUGUACAAGAGAGUAAAAACAGACAUACUGUAAUAAACAAGUUUUGUUUUAAUACAAAUAUGAAAAUCAAUGAGAAGUGUUUAAGAAAGCAGUUGUAAUGUGGAAAGGGUGGCAGCCAAAAGUGAUCAUUCAAAAAUACAAUUUACAGUUAUUUUUACAAAUCUUGGGAUGCAUUAAACUCCCUUCAAAACAAAGCUGUAAGUCCCAACUCACACUCAAUGUAGAGCAGAUGAUUCCUGCAGAAAGGCUGGAGUGACCAGUUAACCAGCCAGUUACCUUUAUUAACCACAAAACCUCCAGGGAUCAGUGAAGGAUGGGUCAGGUAAUAAGGCAGCCUGGAACACUCAGACUGCAGUUACCAUUCACGUUCUUUUGAACAGAUCUUUAAUUAAGCUAGAAAUGAAGACACAAAUUAGUCAUCAUUCUUCCCCAAGCCCCACAACUUCUACAAGUACAAAGGAGCCCAUCCUCACACAGCUGCUUGUGCAUAUCAGCAUCUCAUAUGAAAGGAGAGACCAAAUAAUUUUCAGCAGCAGUAAAGAGACUUACAAUAAUCCAUAGGAUUUAUAAAUCUGAGGCUGGAAGUCUGAUGCUGGCAUAAGGUUCUGAUGUCAGGAAACUUGGGCUGUGCCUGUCAGUACAGGACACAGACAACAUCAGUGUUAAGCGUUAGAACAACAGCUCCACCACUUAUUGACAGACUGACAGGUCUCCACCCCAAGGAGUGACGACUAUGCAAAAUACUGCAACCUGCCUCAAUAAUAAAAUCAACCACAGGAUUCCAUGAUACUCAAUAAUAUAAGGGAAUUUGAGAACAUGCUAAAAAAUGGGUUUGUUUCUCUACAAAACAGAUGUUAAUCGAUUACCUGACAUUUUAGUGCUAUUUAGACACUGAGAAUGAGUAGUAAGCACAGUUAGUUUCAAUUCCUUCAGUGCCCCAGUUUUACAGAUUUUGUACCCAAUUUCCGAUCUUUUUUCCUCUAUACUUGAAGAAAGCUUAGACACAAGUAGAUUUUUCUAUGUAUCUACACAGUACCUCUCUGACAAUUGCAUUUUUCUUUACAUUCAUAUUUAAUAAACACAAUAAAGUAAUUGAAUGAUGUGAUGGAACCAAACUGCACUUCUCUUAGAUUUAACGCCUGUGUUUAGUGACACAUAGCUAAGCCCAAGCGCACUGCAGUGUCUUUAACCUUUUCCUCUUACACUUGAAUUUUAGGUUUCACAUUGCUUACAGAUUUCAUGUCUGUGUAGAGCCUUCAUAUCCAGAAGUACAGUGAUGACUGUAGUCACAGUAACUGUAUGAGACUUCCUGAGAUCAAGCAAUAAUGUUGUUGUUCGUAAACCCAACCAUUUCAAAGGAAAUAAUGUUAUAAUUAGGCACAUAAUCACAUGCAACAACCAGCGUAAGUUUAAACAGAAGGUAUUCACUACAAAUAAUUCUGAAUGCAAGAGUAACUUCAGAUUUAGAGAGUGAAAAAUCACAAUACUAUCCUUCAUAUUUUACCCACUUGUAAAUGAAUAUGGUUUGCUUUCCCAUCUUGAGAUCAGUUAUUGAUACAGUCCACAAGCAAGAACCAGUAUCAUGGCAGACCCAUGCUAUCAAGUCAGAUAAAACGCCAAUUUUUCCAGUCUCUCUGGAAAAUAAAUCUGGCUCAACAUCUGGCUGUAUAAAGCACAAGACAGAUGCAAGACAAUCCACAGUUAUUACUAAGCCAGAAGCAAAUGGUUACAGUGAUGUAGGAAAUCUAGCCAGUCUUAUCACCACCCCAGCUGUGCCUCAAUCAUUUCUUGAAGCACACACAAACUCUUUAAAAAACUCCUUAGCUCAAGAUAGGGGUGCUGCUUGUCCAGUCUGUGGUCUGUGUUAACUACACUCUGAAGCACACACUGUCUAGAAGCCUCUUCAGUAACUUAACAUGGUUUUAUCCUACAAAUACAUCAGUGUGUCAAUCCACUACAGGGCACGUUCAUCAAGUCCUCAUGCUAAAAAGCCACAAGUAAACAAAAAAAUCAAACCAUCAUAAGGUUCUGGUUAGAGGAAAGCUUUAAUCAGGACAGAGAUCAUCUAAAUGCAUCUAAAAAUGCAUUUUUAUAAACUUACACAGUGAAAUCUUUUUCCAUUUUAAAACAGGCCACAUUCCUGUUGGGCCCAAUUGCAUGCUGAAGAUUUAUACAGUUUAAUUGUGACUCCAACAGAUAUCUAACUACAGCAGCACUUACUAGGUGCUACUCUGAGGCCCAGAGUUCAAUACCACAAACAAAAGAAAACAAAGCUGGUGAGUAAAUUCAAUAACUUCAAAAUCAACUUUAAUUUUACCCUUAAGUGCAGUUGAUAAUGUAAACAAAGCAUGUUUCAGUUCCAGCGAGCUGCAGUACACAGCUAGUGUGUUCACUGGAGGCAGGUACACCAUCACUGCAAUCCAGUGAUGACAGCAGCCUCGGAAGCUGAUGCUCUUACUGCCUCCUUUUGUCAGUCUAAGCCAGAGGCAGGCUCACAGCCCCUGACCUGGGAGCAACCACCCACUGAGGAGCUGUGCCUGGCUCUUGUAUUUCACACAUCAGAAUACACUGGACUGGGUUUCUGGGAAUGACUAACAGACUGCUUCUGGGGAAGAAUGUGCACUGACAUGUCCUGUGAACAGGCUGUUGCUGCCUGACAGCUGCAGUGACUAACACACAGCAGCAAGGCCAGUCUCAGUCUAAGAGAUAAACUCUCUUUUCAUAAAGUGUUCUGAUGUGCAACAUUUAUUUGCAUAUCUGAGCAAGUGUGCUUGGGAACACACAAAUGGGAGCAGUGCAAUAUGUUUCCUUGUCAUGAUUUAAAACUACCUACUGUGUCAUGAUAGGUCUAGAGUCAUUUCCAGCUGGAGAGUGGUAAAGCUACCCAUUCUAAGGUGACAGAUUUUGUGUAAGUGUCCCUGCUUGACCCUGGUUCUCCAAGAACAGAUGACAGAUCAUCUGUACAGGACUCAGUGUAGCCAUCAGCUCCUGUUAAACACAUCUGAAUGUCUGGAGUACUUAAUUAAGCACAGUUAAGUCUAAUAUGGAUGAAUUAGCAAUGGUAAGGACCCAUUCUAUUUACAACACACAUUCUUUUUUUAAAAAAAAUAGAGAUUCUUUUGAGGAGAAUUUUUUAAAACUUCAAUCGUACUUGUGGAUUGUCUAGAGUAACACAACUGAUAAAGGAGAUAAAGAAGUUUCUCUGUAGUAGUAAAGAGGUGGAGCUGCAGAAAGCUCCCUUGUACCACUCCUGCAAAAGCAUCAGCCUGCACUGCUCACCUUGGUGCAUUUCUGGGAUGGUCUCACGCCACUGUUCUGUGUACAGCUACACACUGGAUAU